UCCGGCUCCAGACUUCCCACAAUCCUCAGCUCCUCCGUCUCGCCCGCCUCCGUCCCCUCUUCCGGUCGCGAUGGCUGCGCCCAUGGCUGGGAUGCUGCGAGGGGGUCUCCUGCCCCAGGCGGGCCGGUUGCCCACCCUCCAGAUUGUCCGCUGUGGCUCCAAAGCCGUCACCCGCCACCGACGUGUGAUGCACUUUGAAAGGCAGAAGCUGAUGGCUGUGACGGAGUACAUCCCCCCCAAACCAGCAGUCAAUCCAAGAUGCCUACCACCUCCUCCAAGCCCCCCCAAGGAGGAGACAGGCCUCAUCCGGCUCCUCCGUCGGGAGAUCGAGGCAAUUUUCCGAGACAACCGCAUGAUCGCCGUCUGCCAGAACGUGGCUAUGGGGGCGGAGGACAAGCUGCUGCUCCGGCACCAGCUGCGGAGACACAAGAUCCUGAUGAAGGUCUACCCCAACCAGAUCCUGAAGCCCUUCCUGGAGGACUCCAAGUACCGCAACCUGCUGCCGCUGUUCGUGGGGCACAACCUGCUGCUGGUCAGCGAGGAGCCCAAGGUCAAGGAGAUGGUCCGAAUCCUGAAGGGGGUGCCCUUCCUGCCCCUGCUCGGUGGCUGCAUCGAUGACACCAUCCUCAGCAGGCAGGGCCUUGUCAACUACGCCAAGCUUCCCAGCCUGGCCUUGGCGCAGGCGGAGCUGGUGGGCAGACUCUCCCACCUCAUGGCCCAGACCCACACCCUGCUUCAGAACCAGCCACUGCAUCUCACAGCCCUGUUGGAUCAGCACGUCAGACAGCAGCCCACGGAGGACCUCACGGGGCCAGCUGAGGGGCAGCCAGCUCCCAGCACCGGGCAGGACUCUUAGCCCGUGCACCAUCACCGGCCUGGCCACUGACAGUGACCUCCUCAGACACCGUGCCCCCACAUCCACAUCAGAACCAAGACCUCCUCCCUCUCCCUGCCAUCUUGACAGGGGGCCUGAUGGGAGUGGGGUCUCUUUUGGCUCAAGAUCAAGACAGCAGCAGUAAAGCUAAGUCCCUUGUGUGUGCACCCCAGCCCCCGGCCCCCUGGAGUCCAACCUGCCUGUUCGCUGUGCUUCGGUUGGCUCUCGUUGGAGAACCUGCAGUGGCACUGCCCUUAGCCACCAUUUUGGUGUCUUGGUUUCUCACCACGUUAACGUCCCUUCUCAGCUGUGAAGGAGACUGUGACUGUGUUUUUUGUUUUUGUUUUGUUUUGUUUUGUUUUGUUUUGUUUUGGGUGGUCACACCCGGCGAUGCACAGGGGUUACUCCUGGCUCAUGCACUCAGAAAUUACUCCUGGGAGUAAUUUCUUGUGAGAUCAUAUGGGAUGCUGGGAAUCAAACCUGGGUCUUCUGCAUGCAAGGCAAACGCCCUACCCGCUGUGCUAUCGCUCCAGCCCCGAGAGACUGUGACUGUGGUGGACACGUCGAUACUGUAUGCCUGCCUGAUGUCAGCAGGUUGAAAGUGGUGGGCCAGAGCGGUCCAGAUGAAGCUUGUGCCAUGGGUUUCUACACGAGCUCCUCAGUGGGGGGGUCCCAGGUGUGCUGGGGAGUGCUCUGCCCUCAGGCUGGGCCAGGUUUGGGAAGGUGGGGGGACUCUGCUUUACGAUACAAUAAAGUGCUUCUGUCUACAA